UGUAAACACAGCUACAGAGACUGCAACUUUCCAAACCCAGGAUACUUAUGAAAUCACUCCUCUUAUGAGACCUCUUUAUAUUUUUUUCUUUGUUUCUAUAGAUCUUGCACACAGAUUGCAGCAUUCUCUAUCACAGGUAGAAAUGUACAGGCACCACUUUAUGGACUGAGUGUUUGUACCACCCCCAUUCAUAUAUUAAAUCCCUAACCCCCAAUGUGGUGAUAUUUGGAGAUGGGGUCUUUGGGAGCUAAUUAGGAUAAUGAGGGUGGGGCCCUGCUAUGAUGGGAUUAGUACCCUUAUAGGAAGACACACUAAAGAGCCUGAUUUCUCCCUCCAACAUAUGAAGAUGAAAUAAGAAGGCAACUGUCUUCAAGCCAGCAAGAGAGUUUUCACCAUACCCUGAUCAUGGUAGCACUCUAAUCUCAGACUUCCAGACUCCAGGUCUGUGAGAAAUAAAUUUCUGUUGUUUAAGUCACCCGACUAUGUUAUUUGAUUAUGAGCUGGCUAAGAUUUUGAUACCAAGAAGAUGGGUGCUCCCAUAACAAACACCUAAAAGUGUAGAAGUGGCUUUGGAAUUGGGUAAUGGGUAGAGGCUGGAAGAGUUUUGAAGUGUGUGCUAGAAAUGUGGACAUUAAAGGUAAUUCUGGUGAAGUCUCAAGACAGCAGUGAGAGCAUGUUAUUGGAAACUGGAGGAGAGGGCGAUCCUAGUUAUAAAGUGGCAAAGAACUUAGCUGAAUCAUUUUCUAAUAUUUUGUGAAAGGUAGAACUUGAGAGUGAUACAUUUGGAUAUAUAGCCGAGGAGAUUUCUAAGCAAAGUGUUGAAUGAACAGCUUGAUUUCUCCUGACUGCUUAUAGUAAAAUAUAAAAGGAGAGAGAUGAAUUGAAGAAGCAAUUGCUAAACAAAAUGGAACCAGAACUUGAAGAUUUGGGAAAUUUUCAGUGUAUACAUAUUGCAAAAAAUGAGAAAGCAUGUUCUGAAGGGAACACCAGGGGUGUGGCUGGACUGUCGCUCAGUGAAGAGUUUCUGGGAUUAUAAGAGCAGAAACACUUCCAGUUUGAACUAAAGAUGUAAUGGAUGAAGGCUAUUAAAGUUAUUAAAUUUGACAGGACAGGGAUAUUAGAGCUAUUUGAUGGUGAACAUGGCGCUUUUCUUAAGCACCAAAUGAUCUGAAAAGUGAUUCAGAGAUUAUCAGGUUUCAACAAGCUAGAAAGCCUCUUCUGGAAGCCUUGGGGCUGGUAAUACCCUGCAGAGCUCUUGGGGUGGUACCCUCACCUAGAACUUUUUGGGUGAUGUUGCUGCCCUGGGGGCCUGGAGGGCAGAGUAUGAAACAAAAGAGGAUUAUUCUACAACCUUAAAAUCUAAUGGAAUUUGCCUUGCCAGAUGUUGGACUUUUUUGGGGACCUAUCACCCCUUCUUUCCUGUUUCUCCCUUUUGGGAUGGGAAUGUCCGUCCUUUGCCGGUCCCACCACUGUGUUUUGGAAGCACAAAGCAUUUCUGGUUUCACAGGUUCACAGCUGGAGAGGAUUUUGCCUCAGGAUGGACUUUAGAGUUGAUGCUGGAAUGAGUUAAGAAUUUUGUCGCUGUUGGGAAGGAAUGAAUGUAUUUUGCAUGUAAGAAGAACAUGAAUUUGGGAGAUCAGGGUGGAAUGUUACGGGCUGAAUGUGUGUGUCUCUUCAAAAUUCUUCUGUUGAAGCCGUAACCCCCAAUGUAGUGAUAUUUUAAGAGAGUCUUUGGGAGGUAAUUAGGUCAUCAGGGUGGCCCUAGUUCCUGAUGGAAUUGGUGCCCUUAUAAGAAGAGACACCAGAGAGUUCCAUCUCUCUCUCUUUCUCCACUAUGUGAGAAUACAGUGAGAAGUUGGCUCUCUGCAAGCCGGGAAGAGUUCUCAUCCGAACCCAAUCGUAAUGGCACUCUGAUCUCAGAUUGUGAGAAAUAAAUUUCUAUUUGAGCCACCUAGUCUAUGGUACUUUGUUAUGGUAGCCCAAAAGAAGACAAGGCAUUUAAAAAUAUAUAGCCAGUUUGUGUACUGAAACUGACCGAUUCUUAGAUUUCUGCUAUUCCUUAACUCUUAACCUCUUCUAAUUGUGCUACAUUUAUGGACCAAAGAACACUAUAAUACCCUUGUAGUUCUUCACCUAAUCAAAUAUUGUAAGAGGAGAAUUAAUUUAUGGAAAUUCUAUUGUAAUUGAUUUCUUAGUACCACAACCAUUUACUAACUAUAAAAUAUAUUACAAUUAAAAACUUGAUUUUGAAAAAUUAGCAAUAAAAUUGAGUUUAAAUGUAUAUGUAUACAUUUGACCCCUUUUGAAAGAUUUAUUUAUAACAUUCUUAUUUUCAGAAUAUAAAUUAUUGAGUUACUAUCUCACUGUGCCAUUUCUGAUAUCAGAAAUUACCUGCUAUAAAACAUCUUUGCAUUUAAAUGGUGCCCUAGGUUCUUUUAAUCUUUUUAAAAAUCUCAGUUAAUUUAUAAUUUGGUUACCUUGACUACUCAUUUUUCAUUUCUCAAUAAAAGAGCAUAAAAUGUUUUUUUUACUAUAUUCAAGUUGGAUUUAAUAUAGUUUUAAUGUUUACAGUUUAAUGAUUAUAAAAAGAUUUUUUCAACUAUAAAAGAGGCAGUCCUCGAACCUAUUUUUAAAGAAAAUAUGAAGUUUAUAUAGAAAAAUUAACCUCCCAUUUCAAUUUUAGAAAAAUUUUAUCUUCUUAUUAACAAAAUAAUAAUCAAGAUGUUCUUUAUGCAGUAGUAGGUGUGAUACUGCAUAUAAAUACUGUAUGAAAUGUGUACUCUAUUCGAAUUUGGAGAGUUGUCAGAUAUGUCAAGUUGUAUCUUAAUAUUCUUUCAGAGAAUGUGAAAGUUGAAGAGACAAGCCCUAUAGUGUAGUGAUCUUUUCUCUUCCUGCAUUCUUUAGUCUACCUAGUACAGUUGUAUAUUAAUAAUUUUAAAUGACUUUUUCUAUGCAUUUUUAUCAAAGACAAGUGUGAAACCUUCAGUGCUUAGUUCAUAGACUCUCAGGAACUGUUUGAAUGAAUGAUGCAUGUUUAUAUCAUCUUAGCCACUACAUAUUAGGAACAUCUUUUUCUGGGCAUGUGGAUCUUAGUGUACAGAAUUUGAAAUAUUUUUAUGGUUAUUAGAAAAACAGUUUUUUCUUGUGGGCUUAGAUUUUUUUGCUCUAGAAAAUUACUGUAAUGUUAUCAGAAAUUUUAGGAUUUAAACAUUUUUCUGUUAUAAAAGAACCACAGUAAUCAUCUGUUUGAUCAUCCUGAGUCAUACACACAGGAAAGUAAUCACAAUGUUUGGUUAUUUCAAUUAUGUAUUCUUAUAUUGUGCUAUUCUUGUGUAUAAACACUUUUCUGUACUAUUGCUUGUUUACUUAAGAACAAAAAGAGAUUGGGGGGUAAAAUAGAACUUGGAUAACAUAUUUCCUAAGUAUACAUUAUUUUUACACAAAUUAUCCUUUCCUUGAAUAUGUUAGCAAGAGAAGUGUUGUCUUUUAAAAAAACAAAAAACAAAAAAACUAUACAAAUCUACAUGUUUUCCUUGACCUUCCUAUGGCUUAUUGUGUGUGGUUUGAUUUUCUUUUUUGUUACUGGAGUGUUUUCUUCUCAGAAUGAAAUGAAUUUUUUUUAAAAACUACACUACAGAAAGUAUCCUCUAAUUUAGCAUCACAUUGUUAACCUUGUGUUCAUUAAUUCUCUCUGCUUAUAAAAAUUUGAAGGACAUACAUUAUGAAGCAGAGUGCAUUAGCUGGCAUCGUCCUGAUAUCUGUGUAAGGAAGCACAUUAUACCAUUAUUAUAAUCAUAGUUGCUAUGCAUUUGCUUCUCGGCUAUUAACAUACACUUAAGUGUAUAAAUAUUAGUUGGCUUUCUCCUUGACUUUGAUUCCUAGCAGCUCAGAUAUUCAAGUACAAUUAUUAUGCUAUAAGUUUUGAGAUUUAGUUUUCUCUUUUGAAAGUUGUCUUUGGAACUCCAUAAGUACUACAGCGUUGUUGGCUUCCAGGCAAGGUGUUUGGCUAACCUUAUUCCAAAAACUUAGUAACAUAUUGAUAAUGUUUAUUCCUCUGUGCUUUAAAGUUUUUGUUAAAUUAUUUGAAACAAUUUGAUAAUGUUACGUUUAACUGGUAAGUGCUGUACCAAAAACCAGUUCCUCCAGUUAAGAUAGAAGCCUUCACUAAUUUAUGAGACUGUGUUGUACAAGUUUGUGUUCUCAAAUCCAUACCACUGUUUAUACAAAAUAGAAACAAUAUUAUAUGUUUGUUAAAUUCCCAGGCUAACCCAGAGACAUGUUCAUAACCUAAUGUUGCUGACCUCUGAUUUUAAAUAUACUGAUUUCAAAUUCCCAGACCUGGGAGCAAGACAGUACAGGAGAGAGUAGGAAAAAGAGAAGAGCUUACUCUCUUUGCUAGCUACUAAGAUAUGAACAGCAGGAAGGCUUUGGCUUUCCUAGGGUUGCUUGCAAUUUUAAAUUUAAAAUUUUUAAACUCUAUAGAAUCAUUGGUGGAAUUGCAGCCAAUGUAAUUUAAAGAUUUAAGGGAGAAAUAUUUUUGUCCUGUACUACACUUGUAUACAAUUGAGUACUUGCUGGUAUAGAGGAAGGACAGUGGUCACAAUUUAUGUUUUUGAUCUUUUGCAAUUUGGGAUUAGGACCUUCCUGUAAAUAUUCUUUUGUUUCAGGGCAGAGGUGGGGUAUAAAGGGAGGUGUAUGUGUUUUGUUUUUCCUUUAAAGAUCUUCUAUUUAUUGUUUUGUAUGAUUUAAAUAUUUUCUUUUUAUUGUAGGUUUAUGGUAAAUAUACCAGUUCUAGAACAAAUUAAUCAGAUUUUACACAUCUUGUUUAUAUUUUUACCCUUUCUGUGGGCACUCGGGACCCUACCCCCACCUGAUGCACUUUUCUUAUGGGCAAUGGAGCAGGUUUUAGAGUUUGGCCUUGGAGGCUCAUCUAUGUCAACCCACCUACGGUUGUUAAUAAUGUUCAUCAUUUCUACUGGAACAGCUGUAACAUCAUAUUUCAUUCCCAGCACUGUUGGUGUGGUUCUUUUCAUGACUGGACUUGGAUUCUUACUGAGUCUUAACCUAAGUGAGAUUGUUUUUGGCUUCAAACACAGUGUGACCGGACACAGAGUUGGAACCAAAUCUAAGGCUUUACCCAACGGUUUGGAAAAACAGUUUACUUGGAAGGAAUACCUUUUCUACAGCAUUGUAUUAGUCUUGGCUCUCUUAGAAACUGGUUUGUUGCAUCACUUUGCUGGUUUCUCACAGAAUUCCAAAAACAGUCCCCAGGCUAUUGUUGGCUAUAUUUUGAUGAUAUUAUUUAUAAUACUAUGGAUACUUAAAGAAAUUCAAAGUGUCUAUAUAUUUGGAAUUUUCCGGAACCCUAUCUAUCCAAAGCAUGUGCGGACUGUGACUUUAUUCCUAGAGAAGCAAACAACGCUCAUGAAGAUUGGUGUUGUCAGACGGAUUUUGAUAAAUCUAGUGUCACCUUUUGCUAUGAUAGCAUUUCUUUCAUUGGACAGUUCCUUACAAGGACUCCACUCUGUGUCUGUCUCCAUUGGAUUCACAAGAGCUUUUAGAAUGGUAUGGCAGAAUACAGAAAAUGCUUUAUUGGAGACAGUCAUUGUAUCAUCAGUGCACUUGUUGAUCUCCAAUACAGACAUAUGGUGGAACCGAAAUCUGGAUACAGGAAUCAGACUCUUACUGGUUGGUAUCAUGCGUGAUCGUCUGAUUCAAUUCAUCUCUAAAUUGCAGUUUGCUGUGACCAUACUCUUGGCGUCAUGGACAGAGAAAAAACGUAGAAAAUCAACCACCACUUUAUGUGUACUCAACAUUGUCUUCUCUCCAUUUGUGUUGGUCUUCAUAGUUUUUUCUGCACUACUCUCUUCUCCCUUACUCCCCCUCUUCACCCUUCCUUUGUUCUUGGUGGGGUUUCCUCGACCUAUUCAGAGUUGGCCAGGAGUUGUGGGUACCACAGCCUGUGUGUGUGCAGAUACAGUGUACUACUACCAGAUGGUCCCGAGUUUGAACACUGCCCUGCAGUCUGCAAUGGCAGCUGGAAGUUUAGGUCUCCUCUUACCUGGGUCUCAUUACUUGGGCCGUUUUCAGGAUCGUUUAAUAUGGAUAAUGAUUCUAGAAUGUGGCUAUACUUAUUGCUGUAUUAACAUUAAGGGGUUAGAAUUGCAAGAGACAUCCUGUCAUACUGCUGAAGCUCGAAGAGUUGACGAAGUUUUUGAAGGUGCCUUUGAACAAGAAGAAUAUGCAAGAGUAUGUUCCAUUAAUGAACACUUUGGAAAUGUCUUGACACCCUGUACUGUUUUGCCUGUGAAACUCUAUUCUGAUGCCAGGAAUGUCCUGUCUGGCAUAAUUGAUUCCCAUGACAACUUAAAAGAAUUUAAAGGUGACCUUGUUAAAGUACUUGUGUGGAUACUUCUUCAGUACUGUUCCAGAAGGUCCAACAUGCAGGAAGAUGUUCACAAAACUGAAAAUAAAGGGAAAGCAUCUCUAAUAAUCCUUCCUCCUUUGAAUACUUCACCACAAACCGAAUCCCCAGAAGACACAGAUAGUUUAAAUUCAGAAAAUUUGGAUGACUGGUCUGAUGAUGUUUUUGGUGAAGAGCCAACUAUCAAAAAAGGAAAAGAAGAAAAAGAUCAGUUGAAAGUUUUGCCAGGUAUAAAUUUGCCUAUUCCAGGAUCAGUGGAAUCACAGAGGGUUGGUAAACAUUCUACAGGCACAGUUACUGAAAAUAGUCUUUACCAAGCAGUUGCAUUGGGAUACCCUGCUACUGACAAAGGGAAACAAGAAGCCAUGGCAUACAUCCCUCUCAUGGAGUUCAGUUGUUCUCAUUCUCACUUGUUAAGCUUACCUGAAGAGUGGAUAUCUAAUUGUUUGCCUAAUUCCAAAGUGAAGGAGAUGAGCUCAUUAUUUCCAGAAGACUGGUACCACUUUGUUUUAAGGCAGUUGGAAUGUUUUCAUUCAGAAGAAAAUGCCUCAAAUGUAGUGGAAGAAAUUGCAAAGGACAAAGUUUUAAAAGACUUUUAUGUUCAUGCAGUAAUGACUUGUUAUUUUAGUUUGUUUGGAGAAGACAAUAUGAUUCCUAGUCCUGGUCAUAUAUUGAGAGUCUACAGUGGUGUUUUCCCUUGGUCUCUUGCCUUGGAUUGGCUCACAGAAAAGCCAGAACUGUUCCAACUAGCCCUAAAAGCUUUCAGGUAUACUCUGAAACUAAUGAUUGAUAAAGCGAGUUUAGGUCCAAUAGAAGACUUUAAAGAGCUGACUAACUGCCUUGAAGAAUAUGAAAGUGACUGGUACAUUGGUUUGGUAUCUGAUGAAAAGUGGAAGGAAGCAAUUUUACAAGAAAAACCAUACUUGUUUUCUCUGGGGUAUGAUCCUAAUAUGGGAGUUUACACUGGGAGAGUACUUACCCUUCAAGAAUUAUUGAUCCAAGUUGGGAAGUUAAAUGCUGAAGCUGUUAGAGGUCAGUGGGCCAAUCUUUCAUGGGAAUUGCUUUAUGCCACCAAUGAUGAUGAGGAACGUUAUAGUAUACAAGCUCAUCCACUACUUUUAAGAAACCUUACAGUACAAGCGGCUGAUCCUCCCCUGGGAUAUCCAAUUUAUUCUUCAAAACCUCUCCAUAUACAUUUGUUUUAGAACCCAUUUUAAC